AUGAACGUUGACGAGCUGAGGAUUGUGAUGGUGGGGAAGACUGGCAAUGGAAAGAGCGCCACAGGAAACACCAUCCUGGGUCAACAAUGUUUUGAAUCAAAGUUUACAUCAGCCUCUGUGACUGUGGAGAGCUCCAAGGGCAGAAGUACAGUGGAUGGACAGGUGAUCGCUGUUAUCGACACUCCAGGCCUGUUUGACACCAGAUAUGAUGAAGAGAAGACUGAGAAAGGUAUCAAACAGUGCAUCACGUACGCUGCUCCUGGUCCUCACGUGUUCCUGGUGGUCAUCAGGCUGGGCAGAUUCACUGAAGAAGAGAUGAAGACAGUUGAACGGAUCCAACAAAUCUUUGGCCAGGCAACAGACAAAUACACCAUGGUUCUCUUUACUCAUGGGGACCAGCUUGAUUCAACCAUUGAGGAGUUUUUGGAUGGAAGUCCAGAUCUGCAGGAGCUCGUGGCCCGAUGUAGCGGCCAGUACCAUGUCUUUAAUAACAAGAGCAAAGGUCGCUCCCAGGUGACUGAGCUCCUCCAGAAGAUCAGAAAUAUGGUCCAGAAGAACGGAGGGAGUCACUACACCAACGAGAUGUUCCAGGAGGCUGAGAGGACGAUUGAAGAGGAGAAACAACGGAUCCUGAAAGAGAAAGAAGAAGAAAUACGCAGAGAGAAAGAAGGAGUUGUGAGGACACUAACACAGAAAUUUGAGAGAGAGAUCGCAGCACUCAAAGAGGACCUGGAGGCUGAGAGGAGAAUGGUGAAGGUGGGGAAGAUCAGGCAAGCCAAAAAAGCCCUCGAAAACCAGGAGAUGAAGAAGACCGUGGCACUGUUGGGGCUGAUGACGGCUGACACGGUCAGCAAGAUGGAGAGAAUGCAGGAUGCGCAUGAACAGAAACUGAGAGAGGAAAAAAACAAACAUGACCAGAUGCUGAGAGAACGACAGAUGAGGUAUGAACAGACCCUGAGAGAGAAACAAGAGGAAGUGGAUCAAAAACAUGCCCAGGAGGCCAGAGUGAGAGCUGAGAAGAAGAAAGGCAAAUGUACUGUCAUGUGA